AUGGACCGCCACACGCCGACAUCCCCGGGACCAACAAGAGUAGAGCCGCUGCCAUCGGGAUUCAACGAACUGUUGCAACAUAACGCUUCCACCCUGCAUCCUCGAGACACGAUCGCCACCGAAGCGACGCAGACGCAUUCGCAACCGGGAUCGAGAUACGGGACGCCGGGACCCCAACCACAUCAGCCACAGGGACCUCCUCAGCCGUACAGCACUCCGGCAACCUCGCCACCAACGCCCUCGCGGGGCUCGGACAUGAUGACAACCCGAAGCAGCAACGCGCGGGGAGAGAUCGGCGCAAGGGUUCUUGGUGCCCAGAGCACGCGCAUCACCAAGUCGACGCCCAAGCGGAAGAAAGAACGAGCCAAGCCGCCAAAGAACAUGCCGGUGCUGGACAAGCCCAUGAGCGAGCUGACCAAGAACUCUUCAAUACCGAUUGCCGACAUCGAGACAUAUGUGAACCGAUCGUGCGAGGUUCGGCGGCAGGAAAUUGAGACCGGCAAGAACCCCGGAAGGGUCAAGAGACCCAUGAACGCUUUCAUGUUGUAUCGGAAGGCCUAUCAACAACGCGCCAAGGAGUGGGCGUCCCAGCACAACCACCAGAUCGUGUCGCGAGUGUGCGGGCUGAGCUGGCCCCUGGAGCCGGAGCACAUCCGGCAGCAAUUCAAGGCAUGGGCGGACCUGGAGCGCGACAACCACCAGAAAGCCCACCCCAACUACAAGUUCACCCCGUCGAAGCCGCAUAAACCGCCGCCCAAGUUCGAGGCGGGCUAUGACGACCGCAGCGACGGCUCCGACUUGGAGGACUAUGACUGGUCCGGCAGAGCAGGUUCCCGGAUACGGUCAACGACACACACACCCGGUGCCGACAGCGACUGUGGCCCAAGCCGCUCGGUAUAUGCGGCCGUCCACGCGCAGCAGCAGCAGCACCAGCUCACGGGAAUGCAUCCGAUGGGCAUGCUGCGGAACAAUGCUCGAUCGGCCGCUCUCGAUGUCAACUCGGCAAAGACCAUGGCGGCUGCGUACGACCGCCGGGACCACCUCAUGGGACAAUAUUACGAGGCGCACUUCCGCAACCAGCAGCAGAGGCACUUGCACCACGGCGCGGUUGUUGAAGACUUUGUGCGCCGGACGCCGUCGCCGAGCCUGGCGUUCCAACAGCACAACGCCGGUCUGCACUCGCACUACGAGCUCCCGAACGUCACCCAGUACGCCCUCAAAGCCGAGCCGCCGACCCAGCACCAGCAGACCCUGCACUCCCAGCCAUCGCAGCAGCACCACCACCAACAACAACACCAUGCUCAGCAGUUUGAGCAUCGCAUCGACCCAUCGCUCAUGCCACAGGAAGACGUCCUGUUCGACGCGGGAACCAACUUCAACAACGCGAUGGCGGGCAUGUAUGACGGCGGUCUGGGGGGGACGACGCAACAUGGCUGGCAGACCGGAACCGGGCAGCAUCUGGCCAACCCCGAGGCUGAGAGCCAAUUCUCGCACGCCUUCGGCAUGGGCCUCGACGAGACACUGUCUCUUGAGCAGCACACCCAGUUCCUGAGGGGCGCCGACGAAUGGCAGAUCGAGCCUCUCCCGGAGACGGCGCACUUCGACACGAGCUGGGUCGAGCCUAAGGCUGAGUGAGCUCUGAGGGCUGAUCGAGAGAAGAAAAAACACGAGGAGAGGAAAUGACGGUGGGGAAGGAGGUUACAGGCAUGGGGGUGGUGGUGGGAGAGUAUCUUGGCGCAGAAAUGGCAGUAGAUGAUAACACUGUACCCAAAUCAGUGCGUUUUUAAACAUGCCUCAACUCGAGGGUUUCAUUAGCAAAGGCGUUGGCGUUUGUGAAAGGACAUCGGAGAGGUUUGGCUGGGAUGUGGGUGAAGGAUCCAGGCGGAUUUCUGGACAUGAUCAUCAUUUUUGGGGAAAGGACUCUGGGAAGAAGAUUGAAAAUUGGGGAUAGACCAACAGAGAAAUUCUUAGCUUCGCGUCCAUAAUAGACAAACAUCACUCAGCUUGUUUCUUUG